CAUUUGCAAGCCCUCGUAGCGCGCUAGGCGCGCUUGCCAGCACUUGCCGACACGCGUCGUCUGUCAGCUCGUCUGUCAGCGGAAAUCAUCAAACUGGAGAAUUAGGAUUCAAAAGCUACGCGGGGAACAAACCGUUAACGCUUCACGAUGCCCGACACGUCCCGAACAUCUGUAAUCAAAGAGAUCGACAAGAAUCAAGCAGCAGUACACGAGUACCUCUUCCAGCUGGACCAGAUAGAAACGAAACUGCGCAGGACGAACCUGUCUGACGAGCAAAGGGUGGCACUCGAAGAUGAGGUUCGCACAGUCAAGAAACAGCUGGAUUCCCUCGGAGUAGCCUGGCAUGUAUGGUGGUUCCUCCUCAUCCCUCAGAAAAUGAGUUGACUGGCCUCAGAAAAGAAAACCGAAAGAGCAUGGCAAUUGCAGGCUGCCUCUUCCUCCUCUUCCUCAUCAUCUAUUAUUUCCUGGUGCUGAAGACUGUUACGGGGUAGGGCCGCUCCGGGUGUCUACACCUACACCCGAGAGAUUUAUACCUAUUUUUGUACACUUCAUACUCACGUAUUAGGUGACGAGCUUCUUUCAUUCUACUGGUGCUGUUGUUAAUCUUGCAAAAAAAAAAAAAAAGAAUUACAGGGUUUCUAAUUCUGGUCGAGAACCCUGAGCCCAGUCGAGGGUUUUCUUUCCUUGGCUUUUGAGUUUUUUUGGCAUCUAUUACAUUGUCUCGGAAACAGUAUAGAAUCAAAAAUUUGUAUGUGCGACUAAUAGGGUUGUACGACUUGCUACAUCGACCAGAAAUAUGCGACGCCUGCUGCAGUAGUUGGCUUUAUUUAUACCGGAGUGCAUGUUCACUCUCUAAAGAAAGCAGAAAGGGAUUAAAGGUAGUAAUAUGUUUCCAUUUGAGGGGUGAAUUCACCCUAACCUAAUCUAAAUAGUGUGCAUGGUGUGUUGCCUGGGGCGCAUCAACCCCUGGUAUGUUAUUCCAGGCACCGUGGUUUGCAAUGUAUAAAUGUAAAGUUGUCCCGCAUCCCCAGAUAAAAAAAUCCCUGUAUGUGUCCUAACCACCCUGCCUGUCUACAUGUAAGGGUAAAGGGAGCACUGUACGGAGGGAUAACAAUCAGAUUGUUACUGGAGCAAUAAAGAGACCAACAAACGUUUCAUCAUUUA